AUGGCCAAGACCAAGAAGUCCGGUGACACCCUCGCCUCCCGCCUGGCUCUCGUCAUGAAGUCCGGCAAGGUUACCAUGGGUUCCAAGUCCACCAUGAAGACCCUCCGCUCUGGCAAGGCCAAGCUGGUCCUCAUUGCCGGUAACUGCCCUCCUCUGCGCAAGUCCGAGCUCGAGUACUACGCCAUGCUCGCCAAGGUCCCCGUCCACCACUUCAACGGCAACAACAUUGAGCUCGGUACUGCUUGCGGUAAGCUCUUCCGCUGCUCUACCAUGGCUGUCCUGGAUGCCGGUGACUCCGACAUCCUCAGCCGUGAGGCCUAA